AAACAUUCCAGUAGCCUACACUACACAUACACACUCUUCUUGUAAGCCGCAUCUGCCUUGAAUACUAAUUUUAUAUCGUAUCGUGUAAAUCGGACGAAGUGUGCCUCUUCAAAAAUUUGUAUGUACGAGUUGGACAUUAUUAAGCAAGCACGCGUGCCAAUGGCAUAUACUGAAGAAGUUGCAUGUUCAUAUACUUGAACAAAAAAAACAAAAAAUACAAACCAUUAAGUUUGAAUAUAAAAAGGUCUGGCAAAUGAAGAACUGUCAUCAGUUGGAGUAAUCUCAUAGUUCAAUCAACAAUCUCUCACCAGAACACCAUCAAAUUAUAUUCAAGAUGUUCAAAUACACCAUUGCCGUCUUUGCUAUGAUUGCCUGCGCUGCUGCCAAGCCAGGAGUAGUUGCUCCAUUAGCCUACUCAUCCCCUUUGAUUGCUGGCCCAGGAAUUGUGACUGCCACUAGCAAUCAAGUGGUGGCAAGACAAUUCAAUGGAAUCGCUUCAGCUCCAUUGAUUGCUGCACCUGCACCCCUCGCUGCUGCACCCAUUGCCGCACCAUUCGCAGCACCAUUCGCGGCUAGAUACAUCGCCUCGCCAUAUGCCGCUGCUCCUUUGGCUGCUGCACCAAUUGCUGCCCCUUUGGCUGCUGCUCCAUUGGCCGCUAGAUACGUAGCUUCACCGUACGCUUCCUAUGCUUCUCCACUGAUCGCUGGUGCUUCGCCAUAUUCUUAUGCUGCAUACACAUCUCCAUUGGCCCCAGCUCCAAUUGGUGCUUACUCAGCUGGUCUGCGUUAUGCCGCUGCAGCUUCACCAAUUGUUUUCUAA